AUGCUUAUAAAGUGUAAACGCUUAUAAAUUUGCAUAAUCCUCUUCUCUUACAAACUCGUAUAAUCACAAAUACAAGGUUUAAGUAGAUAUGCAUUAUUGGUUAGGUGAUAGUAAGUUCUUGAUUCACAAUGAGUUGCGAUACAUUUUAAUGCACUUGAGUAUUAAGUAGGGAUUCUUUAUCAACUAAUCAAUAAUGCAUUUCUAGCAACACUCUUUAAGAAAUUUAAGAUAGAGCGUCUAUAAUAAGAAGAGAGAGAUAUGUCUUGCCUUAUUUUGAGAAAUUUUUCAUUUCUCGUAGGACGAUAAAUGAAUUAUAAAAAAUUAGCUAGCUAGAAGUUAUUAAAAUCUCCUUGGUCAUGAAUCUUCAAAAGAUAUUUCAAAUUUCGUAUGAAUUAUAUUGGAUUCGAAAUUCCUCAAGUCUCUCCAUGUCUCACCAAUGGCUCAACUUCGAAAACUUUGUAGGGAGAUUUUUGUGGACCCUAAGUGGGGUAGAGUGGGCCAAGCCCAAAGUCAGUCUGCAUUGGAUCUCAUUACGGGCCGCACUUAUGCCAUCACUUUUCAUCAUACAACGGCUAUUUAGUAUUUUCUCUGUCAUCCCCAUCGGCACAAAUUCAAUAAAAGCUGCUGUAUAGUAACUGUAACAGUCGGAUUCAUCCCUGUCGACGGGCCUCUUCAAGUCGACCGUUGCAACCUUAAAUAAAUCAAAAAUCACUUACGGUUUAGUUUCUCUCUCUUCUCAGCUUUCUCUUUCUAGCUGUAUCUCAAGAAUAAAAGGGCGAAAAAAGUAGGGCAAAAUGACAGUGGCAAGCGCCGCCACAAGCCACUGGAAGAAAGCUGUGAAAAUGGGUCUUUCGCUCUUUCGACGUGGCUUCAAUUCCUCCAAAUGCAAAUCAAUGGCGAAAAUGGCGGUGGCGAGAAUAAAGCUUCUGAGAAACAAGAGAGAAGCAGUUGUAAGGCAAAUGAGACGUGACAUUGCUAUGCUUCUCGAGUCUGGUCAGGACGCCACUGCUCGUGUUCGGGUCGAACAUGUAAUUCGAGAACAGAAUAUUAUGGCUGCAAAUGAGUUCAUUGAGCUUUUCUGCGAAUUAGUGGUGGCCAGACUUUCUGUCAUUGCAAAGCAAAGAGUGUGUCCAGCUGACCUGAAAGAAGGGAUAUCAAGUUUAAUAUUUGCAGCUCCUCGGUGCUCAGAUAUUCCUGAAUUGUUAGCUAUUCGAGAUGUUUUUGAGAAGAAAUAUGGGAAGGAUUUUGUUUCUACAGCCACUGAUUUACGACCAAAUGCUGGGGUUAAUCGCACGCUUAUUGAAAAGCUCUCGAUUAGGUCCCCAACCGGUGAAACAAAAUUGAAAGUUUUGAAGGAAAUAGCAAAAGAAUAUCAGGCUGAUUGGGAUACAACAGAAUCAGAGACAGAACUACUUAAGCCCCCAGAAAAACUUAUAGAAGGACCAAACAACUUUGUAAGUGCCGGUAGCUUACCAUUGAAGUCGAUCCCUGAGAAAUCUCCUGAGCCGAACAUUUCAACACUCAGUGGCUUGAACGAUAAACAGAGCAAUAUCGUGCACUAUGAAAACUCAGCAUCAGCUGCUGAAGCAGCUGCCAAGUUUGCAAAGAAAGCCACUUAUGCUGCUGAAGCAGCUGCCAUUUUGGCCAGCAGAGACAUAAACGUGUCGGGUAAUUCUCGGGUUAUGAGUAAUGGAUCUGUUGUCCAAAAGAGUAUUAUGAAGGACAGUAGUUUUGGGAAUUCACGUAGUCUCGGGGUUGCAGAGUUCGGACCCAAUGAUGUGGAUGCUCAAAAUAUUCAUAGGAGACACAGCUAUAAUAUUCCGUCAGCACAUUCAGAUAUAAAGUACGAUGAAUCAGAUUACGAUGAAGAAAUCGAGAUGGAAGAACCAAAGUUGGCCAAACAAAGUACUAAUAUGGAUAACAGAAAGAUCAGAAGGCACAGUGACAACUAUAGUGCUCCAACUGGACAUUCCAAUAUUAAGUUUGAUGAGUCUGACCGUGAUGAUGAUCAAUACGAGGUGGACGAGUUUAUAAGAGGAACUAAUCUACCAACCAAACUAGGCACCCAGGAACAGUUUCCCGUGAGACGUGUGCAUCCCAAAUUGCCUGACUACGACACACUUGCUGCUCGUUUUGAAGCACAGAAACACCGCAGACCACCAACCUGAAUUCUUUAUAAGUAACUUUUGAAUAUAGCUUUAUGAUUUCUAUGCUUUAUAUACAAUUUGUUAUUCUAAAGAUAUAGUAUAUAUCAGUGUGAAGCUGUGUAGCUGAACACUUUGUAUUAUUUGUUUGUGUUUGAAUUUCCAAUUUUGCA